AUGGCAAAGAAUCAAAAAGCCGAAGAUAAGACUUCUGCCAAGAAGCAAAAGGAAGAGAAGAAGAAACAAAGCAAAGCCGACAAGGUUCAUGAUUUCCAGACUGAUGCUCUUGUCAUAGCUAAAGGAAAGGUGGCUAAAGGAACAAACAUCUCUCGAGAAUCUGUAAAAAAACUUUCUUCUCCGAAAAAAGAGGAUAAGGCGAAAAAGGCGGCAUCCGCAAAGUUCUUUGCGCACAAGGUGGAGUUCAAAAACCCGGUUGUUCUUGGAAAUAAAAAGAAAAAGAUAUUGGAAUACAGCCAAGUGAAAAUGAUUGAACAACUUGACUCUGAUAGUAGAAUGGCCUUUGUGAACUACGAGGCACCGAAAAAUGAUUACCUAUUUGUGCUUGGAAUGAAGGAAGCCAACGAGGUGAUCAGAUUUAUGAACUUGGUAAAAGAAUCGAAUCCCAAGGUGGAACUUCGUUGGACUGCGGCUCCUUCCAUUGCGGAUAGUGACGAAAGCAUGGUUGAUGAACGAGGAGAGGUCGCACAAUCGGAAAAUCAAUCAGUCGAUACCUACAACGAGGAUAGUCGUCGAGGUUAUCGCCAACGGUCCCCAGGGAAUGAUAGAUAUUCGGACUCUAAUUCUUCAAGAUCACAUUCGCCCCAGAAUGGACCGUGGAAUACUACAAGCUCUUUCAUUUGUGCUGAUCCUCAUAUGGACGAUGGAACUGUAUACUCAAGAGAAACCCCUGAUACUUUUGCAACUCAGCUGGAUAAUCCAGGGAGACGAUCUCGUAGACGCGAUAGUUUUAGCUCUUUUGAUGAAGCAGGGGGUAACCAACGUAAAAGCGGAUUAACGACACAGUAUUACUAUGUUGGUCCAAGUGAUGAAGAAGAUUCCAUCGUUAAGGAUAAAUAUCGUUCCAAGUCGAGGAAAUCUCGCGGCAAUCCUAGACGGCAGAACUAUACUUUGGAUGAUGAUGUGAGCAUCACAAUAGCCCCUAGUUCCGCCAUGACAGAAGUUGAGUACUUCACCCCUGAGAUUUACAAGAAACCUAAGACUCCAUAUUCUAGACGACCACCUUCUCGAAAGAGAUCGACGAGUAGGAAACCUUCAAAUCGUUCAAAAUCUAGGGAAUUACCACUUUCAGAAGCUGAAAAGAGUAAAGGUGGCUGGCAUAGUGAUGUGAUGUUCGUAACACCUACAAAAGGCGGCGGUGUUAAGGUCUCAGCCGACGGUCCAGUCAUGCUCUACACUGCAACCAGAGCUAAUGUCAACAAGGAUUUUGAUUCUGACGAUGAUAGCACUUCGGAUGGAGACACCGACUUCUCCUACUCCUCGGGAUCAACCUUAACGCUGGAAAAUCCUGGAAUUCCCAGCCCUUAUGGAGUGAGUUACACAAAUGGACGUCGAUGA